UUAAGCCUGAUCUUUCUGUUUGUGAAAAGAGCUGAGCAGAGCUGAAGGCUGCAUGGUGGAUUCAGAAACUGCCUACUUAAUUUCAGAAGAACAAUGGUAGGGAAGGCUAGGUCUUCCAAUUUUACCCUGUCUGAAAAGCUUGAUCUGCUAAGCCUUGUGAAGCCAUAUGUGAGAAUUCUCGAAGAACACACUAAUAAAAAUUCAGUAAUAGUAGAAAAGAAUAGAUGUUGGGAUGUUAUAGCAGUUAACUAUAAUGCAAUUGGAGUAGACCGCCCUCCUCGAACAGCACAGGGCCUACGCAGCCUUUACAAAAGGCUCAAAGAAUAUGCCAAACAGGAGCUAUUGCAGCAAAAGGAGGCCCAAUCAGAUUUUAAAAGCAAUAUUUCCGAGCCAACCAAGAAAGUUAUGGAGAUGAUUCCCCAGAUCUCCAGCUUUUGCCUGAUAAGAGACAGGAGCCACAUACAAAGUGCGAACUUGGAUGAGUCUGCUCAGGCUGGCACCAGCUCGCUGCAGGUAAUGGUGGAUCACCAUCCUGUCGCUAUUACAGUAGAGGUGAAGCAAGAAGAGGACAUUAAAACGUCCCCUCCACUGGUUCCAAAUCCUCAGCACAAUGAUGCUAUAGAGCAAAGAGAAGAGCAGGAAUUAAUGCAUGCCGUGGAAGAACCCUUGUCUCCAUCACUCUCUUCUGUUGAUAUGAGAAUGACAUCAUCUCCAUCUUCUAUCCCAAGGAGAGAUGAGUUUUUUCAUCAUGAAAGUGGAGAGCACAUUAGGUCUCUGCUAAGAUGUGACCCUCAGGUCCUGCAAAUGUUAAAAGAGGAACAUCAGAUAAUUUUAGAAAAUCAAAAGAAUUUUGGAUUAUAUGUUCAGGAGAAGAGGGAUGGAUUGAGAAGAAGGCAGCAGCUAGAGGAGGAGCUGCUAAGAGCAAAGAUUGAAGUGGAGAAGCUGAAAGCGACUCGCUUACGGCAUGAUCUGCCCGAGUAUAGUAGUCUCUAAGAGAUUUUUCAGUAUUGCAACUUGAUAAUUUUAAUUUUGUCAGAAUUAAUUUGGGAGUAUCGUGAAGCUGAGCAUAUGCCCUAUUAAAAAAUCUUGCUAAUCUCUCUUAUAAAAAAGCUUUUAACAUGAUUUUCUUUUCCUUUCUAAGCCUAUUUUUUUUUUUAAAACACAGUUUUCUAAGUAUUUAAUUUUCUCAUUAGAUACUAAAAUUUACUGAUUGGUUGAUAUGGUAAUUCAGCUUAUUUCCUUCCCUCAAUUUUUUCCUAAGACAUUUAACUGUUGGCCUUAUGUAAGAUCUUUUAUUUUUAUUAUAAAAGAAAUAAGACGAAUAGAGUUGCAUAUGGUAUAUAAGCCUGUAAUCACAGCACUUGAGAGGGAAAGGCAGGUCAGAAGAUCAAGGCCAUCCCAAUUUCAAGGUCAGCCCGUGCUAUGUGAAAUCCUGUGUCAAACAAAACAAAAUUCAUAAAACUGUAUAAAUGCAUAAAUAGUAUUUCAAAGAAUCUUCAACAGUUUUAGUUACAACUUUGAAAGUUAGAUUUAAGAGAGAGAGAGAGAGAGAGAGAGAGAGAGAGAGUUGGAUUAAAUACCUAAUAAAUGGUAAACACAUACCUUUGUCGCUGAGCUACAUCAAUAGUCCUAUAUUUUCUUGUUUGGAGACAAGAUCUCACCCUAUAGCCCUGGGAUUAUAGGUGUGUGCUAUACUAACAGUAACAGCAAACAUAUAUUCAUGACAUUGGUUUUGUCUUUAUCUUUGGAAAGAGUGGGUUAGACUUUAGAGACAGAAGAUGCUUGGAAAACACUUCACUUUAGAGGCAAUAAAACUGAAGUCAAGGAGGAUGCCAUCAUUGUUCCAGGCAGCAAAGCUUUUUAUAGUAGAGUGAGCAUCAGUACUAGUUUGUUUUCUGGAGGGAGCAGGAGGUAAUGGUGGUGGUAAUUUUUUUCCUUAUUUAUCUAUAGAAGUAAAAACCUCAGAGAAUUACUUAAUUAGGAGAACUUAUUUAAUUAGAAUCACCUUUUGGGUUGGAGAUGUAGCUCAAGGGGAGAGGACUUUCUGGUGUGUUUGAGGUCCCUUCUCCAGGUGACAAAAGAAAACUUACUUUUAUACGUGGUUGGGUUAUGAAGUCUAGGGUGUUGUGGCACUACUCCACAACUACCCUCCCUCCCUUUUUUGUCCUGCUAAAAGAGAUCAGGUCUUUUUUAUUGAAAAUAGUGCAUCUUUUGACCAUGUGAUUAAAAUUAUCUUAAUUCAUUUUAAAUGUUUUUCUUGAAAAUGUUUCCUUCACAGUAAAGUUAGAGUUAAACAAAAUGAAAAUAA